AUUAAGCCUUUUUCUCUCCUCUCUCUCUCUCUCUCUCUCUCUCCUUAAAUCCCGUUUCUGCAUUCACUUCUGGGAUAUACUCUUACAGAAAUGGAGACCGUGACCCAGAAUGGAGUCAAUGGACACCACCAGAAUGGGUACCAAAACGGCUCCAUGGACGCUCUCUGCGUCAAAACAGAGUCCCUCAAAGCCGAGCAGUACGCUGUUUCGGUCGACCCGCUUAACUGGGGAGCGGCCGCGGAGGCCAUGACAGGCAGCCACCUCGAUGAAGUUAAGCGAAUGGUGGCCGAGUACAGGAAGCCGGUUGUGAAGCUCGGUGGAGAAACCCUGACUAUUUCUCAGGUGGCUGCCAUAGCCAACCAUGACUCUGGUGUCAAGGUUGAGCUGGCUGAGUCUGCCAGGGCUGGCGUGAAGGCCAGUAGUGACUGGGUGAUGGACUCCAUGAACAAAGGAACAGACAGCUACGGUGUCACCACCGGCUUCGGUGCCACCUCCCACAGGCGAACCAAACAGGGCGCUGCUCUUCAGAAAGAGCUAAUUAGAUUCUUGAACGCUGGGGUAUUUGGCAGUGGAACAGAGUCUCACACUCUGCCUCACCCUGCAACAAGGGCUGCCAUGCUCGUUAGAAUCAACACUCUCCUGCAGGGCUACUCCGGCAUAAGAUUCGAAAUCUUAGAAGCCAUCACCAAGUUUCUCAACCACAACAUCACUCCCUGCUUGCCUCUCCGCGGCACCAUCACCGCCUCUGGAGACCUUGUGCCGCUGUCCUACAUCGCCGGACUACUAACCGGCCGCCCCAACUCCAAGGCGGUCGGGCCGAAAGGCGAGACGCUCAAUGCCGCUCAGGCUUUCGAACAAGUCGGUAUCAGCUCAGGGUUUUUCGAGUUGCAGCCUAAAGAAGGACUUGCUCUUGUUAAUGGUACUGCUGUUGGCUCUGGCUUGGCCUCCACGGUUCUUUUUGAGGCCAACAUUUUGGCCUUGCUUGCCGAAAUCUUGUCUGCUGUCUUCGCUGAAGUAAUGCAGGGGAAGCCUGAGUUUACCGAUCACUUGACUCACAAGUUAAAGCACCACCCUGGUCAAAUUGAGGCUGCUGCAAUUAUGGAAUACAUUUUGGAUGGCAGUGAUUACGUUAAAGCUGCUAAGAAGCUACAUGAGCAGGAUCCUCUACAGAAGCCUAAACAAGAUCGCUACGCUCUCCGAACCUCACCACAGUGGCUUGGUCCACAAAUUGAAGUGAUCCGGUUUUCGACUAAAUCUAUCGAGAGGGAGAUUAAUUCUGUUAAUGACAACCCUUUGAUUGAUGUUUCAAGGAACAAGGCACUGCAUGGUGGCAACUUCCAGGGAACCCCAAUUGGAGUGUCCAUGGAUAACACCCGUUUGGCUAUUGCAUCCAUUGGGAAGCUCAUGUUUGCUCAAUUUUCAGAACUCGUCAAUGACUUUUACAACAAUGGCUUGCCAUCCAAUUUGUCCGGUGGAAGGAACCCGAGUUUGGAUUACGGCUUUAAGGGUGCUGAGAUUGCCAUGGCAUCUUAUUGUUCCGAGCUUCAGUUCCUCGCAAAUCCAGUGACCAACCAUGUCCAGAGUGCUGAGCAGCACAACCAGGAUGUAAACUCUUUGGGGCUCAUUUCGUCACGAAAAACCGCAGAAGCUAUUGACAUACUGAAGCUCAUGUCUUCCACUUUUAUGGUUGCACUUUGCCAAGCCAUUGACUUGAGGCAUUUGGAGGAGAACUUGAAGAGCACGGUUAAGAACACUGUGAGUCAAUUAGCCAAGAGGCUUUUAACUACCGGGGUUAACGGAGAGCUCCACCCUUCGAGAUUCUGCGAGAAAGAUUUGCUUAUGGUUGUCGAAAGGGAGUACCUUUUCGCCUACAUUGACGAUCCUUGCAGCGCUACAUAUCCCUUGAUGCAAAGGCUAAGGCAAGUGCUUGUUGAACACGCCUUGACAAAUGGUGAGAAUGAGAAGAAUGCAAACACUUCAAUAUUCCAAAAGAUUUCGGCAUUUGAGGAAGAGCUGAAGACCAUUUUGCCUAAAGAGGUUGAGAGCGCUAGGGCUGCAUACGAGAGCGGGAAGGCUGCGAUUCCAAAUAGAAUCAUGCAAUGCAGGUCUUAUCCUUUGUACAAAUUUGUGAGGGAAGAGUUGGGGGGAGAGUUCCUGACUGGCGAAAAGGUCAGAUCACCGGGGGAGGAGUGUGACAAGGUGUUCACAGCUAUAUGCCAGGGGAAGAUCAUUGAUCCAAUUCUUGAUUGCCUCAGCGGUUGGAAUGGUGAACCUCUUCCGAUCUGUUAGCCUUUCGCUGCCCGAUUCUAAUGACGUGAGCCAUUCUAUACCACUUCUUCUGUCUCCAUAGUCUUGAGUUUGAUGAGGAUUGCUAGCUUUAAUCGUGUGACUAUAAUACCUAAUAAAAUGUAAAACCAUCUAUUUAUUUGAAUAGUUCUUUCACACUUGCC